GAGGGGCGGAAGUGGUUGUGUGUGUUUUGGUUGUAGUGGGAAGUGGAGAGAGAGAGAGAGAAUCUCCCCCCGAACCGAACCGAACCGGACCGACCCGAACCCGCCCAGCCCGGAGCCCGAACCGCCCGGAACGCCCGCACCUCCCGGACCGCCCUACACCGCUCCACUCCUGCAGCUCUUACGGGAACAGUGAGUGUGAGUGUACCAGAAGGAGAAGGGGACAUUGACCGCUGUCAUGGCCAAUCGGGGAGGAGCGACCCGGCCCAACGGGCCCAACGCGGGCAAUAAGAUCUGCCAGUUUAAACUGGUCCUGCUGGGAGAGUCGGCUGUGGGCAAGUCCAGCCUUGUGCUUCGAUUCGUUAAGGGCCAGUUCCAUGAGUUUCAGGAGAGCACAAUAGGAGCGGCCUUCCUGACACAGACAGUGUGCUUGGAUGACACAACGGUGAAGUUUGAGAUUUGGGACACAGCCGGACAGGAGCGCUACCACAGCCUGGCUCCCAUGUACUACAGAGGUGCUCAGGCGGCCAUCGUGGUCUAUGACAUCACCAACGAAGAGUCGUUUGCGAGAGCAAAGAACUGGGUGAAGGAGCUCCAGAGGCAGGCCAGCCCGAACAUAGUCAUCGCUCUUUCUGGAAACAAGGCGGAUCUCGCCAACAAAAGAGCUGUUGACUUCCAGGAUGCCCAGUCUUAUGCGGAUGACAACAGUUUGCUAUUCAUGGAGACAUCAGCGAAGACCUCCAUGAAUGUGAAUGAGAUUUUCAUGGCCAUUGCUAAAAGAUUGCCCAAGAGCGAGCCCCAGGCUGCGGGAACCAACAGUGGGCGGAGUCGGGGCGUGGACCUAACCGAGACAGCCCCACCCGCCAAGGCUCCCUGCUGCAGCAACUAAUGCAAACACCAAACUCUGUUACCACGACAACUAACGCAAGGCCCCGCCCCCUCUCCCCGCUCUGUUCACUUCCGUAACUUUCGGUGGCCAGCAGUAACAAAACCUCCGCCCUGCCCUUCUGCGUCUUCUGUCCGUGUACAGGCCCUUCAUUCUGCUUUCUGAAGGUUACGGCUUGUGUCCAAACAUUACUCUGCUUUCACCAAUUCUCUCAUCCGGGAAAAAAUUAAAUAAAUAAAAAACAUAUACAAAAUCCUCCUUACGCCAUUGGCUAGCCUGAGGCAGGAGGGCCGGGCUUCUGCAAGAAACCCCUCCUCCUCCGCUUUUCCCUUUUCCCAUCAUCCUGUAUCAGCUAAAGACUCUAUAGCUUAUAUUUCUCAGACAUAAAUCUCCUUUUGUCUUGUUUUUUUUUUUUUUUUAGUUCUGUUUCUUUGUUUUCUCCUUUUUUAUUAUGUUUAUGUUUUAUAGAAAUAUACUUUGCAGAAUAAUGGGUGCAUGUUUCACUACAAGGCCUGAAAUGAAAUCAAAAGUUUUAACCUUAUUCAACGGCACAAGCGGUGAGAGAGGAUGAGACGGACUGCCCAUGAUCCCUCUUUCACCUUUAUCUCUCCUUUUUCUUGUUUCUAUACCACCUCCUCCCCUCCUUUUCUCCUCACACUUCACCCAGCUCAAAACCUCACCUCCUUACCCUCACCCUCACCCCAGCUCAGCUCAUCCUUCCUGUAGGCCUGCUCUGCUUCUGGUGCCCCAGGGGCAGCGUGCAAUAUCUGAUAUGUCCACUUAUUCUGAAUGAAGUUGUACAAGAAACUAACCACCCUGUUAUUAAUAUACUUAUGGACACACACACACUGCUACACACACACACACACACACACACCCCUACACACCUACAGAUAUUAGUCACCUCCCCUUACCAACGUCUUACAGCCAAUUUAUACUUCUGUGUCGAACCUACGCCAUACCCUACGCCGAGGCUCAAAUCGCGCACCUCCCUUGAAAUGUUGCUACGUGUCUUGGACAGCCGCAGCUGUGAUUGGUCCGCCGGGCCUCACGUUCCCGCCCACACAUUCCCGUCUUCGCUGUUUGAACUGCAGCGCGAUGCAGAGAAUAGCACACUCUCGCUGGAGACCUGCAGGCUAUGGCGUACGUUCGAAGCGAAAGUAUAAAUUGGGCUUUACAGUAUGUGUCCACUAGGGCUGUGCAUUGGCAUUGGCAAGAAUUUAGCAUUUUAAAGGAGAACUCUGAUGUAAAUUUGACUUUUGUUGUAGUAAAACAUGAUAAAAAGUACUUACCUUUGAUGAAUAGCACACCUCCGUUCUCCCACAGCUUUUCAAGAUCCUGCAGUUAUGUGCAGUUUGUACAAACAUGCUUUAGAAUGGACAAAACCUCUGCAGAAAAAUCACUUUUUACACCGUUAUCCAGGCCCAAAGUAGCACCCACACCUCCUUGGUAGAAUCCAGAGAGCCCUGACAUUUAAAUCAAGUUAAUUUUACUCCUGAGUUCUCCUUUAAUAUGAAUCCGCUGUCACAAUACUUUAUUAUGAUUCAAUAUAUUGCUAUUGUUUAAUUCUAAUUUUUGGAAAACUGUCUUAACCUGAAAAAGCACAUUAUCAUACUUAUAAAAUCUGUGUACUUAGGAAAAGUGCUUUUUAUCCAACCAGAUCGGUGAAAUCUAUCAACAUUGGGUACAAAAUUGAUUGGGUGGAGUUUAAACAGAAAUCGAUUCAGUAUUGCAAAACAAAGGACAGUGCUAUUGGAUUCAUGGCAUUACACACACACACACACACACACACACACACACACACACACCAAUAAACCAACCAAUUAUGACCACUCCUUGUUUCUACAUCCUCACCAGUUUCUCAGCUACACUGGUCCUGUAGGACACUCUGUAGCUCUUACCGACCCCACUGAGAACAGUCCUCCACCAGCAUCCUGUGGGCGGAGUCAUGUGCAGCAACAGAUUUAGAGUGUCUUCACUCCAUAAUAGAGUGAAGGACAGUGAGUGGACACAGUGUUUAAAACCUCCAGCAGCACUUCUGCAGACAGUAGGUGUAGAAACAAGGGGGUGGUCAUAAUGUUAUGCUUGGCCGAUAUAUACUAGUGCAUCACAAAAUAUUAGAGUAUCAUUGAAAAGUGACUUUAUUUCAGUAAUUCAGUUCAAAAUGUGAAACUUAUAUAUUAUAUAGAUGUAUUAAACACAGAGUGAUCUAUUUUAGGAGUUUAUUUCUUGUAUUGUUGAUGAUUAUGAAGCUUACAGCCAAUGAAAACCCAAAAAUCAGUGUCUCAGAAAAUUUGGAUAUACUACAAGACCAAGUGGUACUUUUGGCAGUGUCCUGCUGAAAAAUGAAAUCCAGAGCAGGGGGUAGCAUAAAGUAGACUGUGUGUCUCUCCACUCUUCCUCCAGACUCUGCUCCCUUGAUUUACAAAUUAAAUGUAAAAUUUACUGAUGAUCAGUGAUGGUUUGGAGAGUCAUGUCUGUCAUCUGCUGGUGUUGAUCCACUGUGUUUUAUUAUCAAGUCUAAAGUCAGUGCAGUUUUGUUUUCCCACAAAAUCGUACAGCACUUCAUGCUUCCCUCUGCUACUGACAACUUUUUUUUUGGAGAUGCAGAUUUCCUUUUCCAGCAGGACUUGGCACACUGCCUACAUUGCCAAAAGCACCAACUGAAAUAAGAAAUAAACACUUAAAAUAGAACACUCUGUGUGUAACACAUCUAUAUAAUAUAUGAGUUUCACAUUUUGAUCUGAAUUACUGAAAUAAAGUAACUUUUCAAUGAUACUCAACAUUUUUUGAGAUGCACCUAUAUAUGUGAGCACAAACAUAUAUACAAGCAGUUCUCUGGCCAGUCGUGUUAAGGCUUUACUGGUUUAUCAGCACAGUUAUUUUGGCACAGUCUGAGCGUGUCGGUCAGCAUGUUCGAGGAUUUACAGGGCUCGACUCUGUAACACUGCAGUCCUGUAUUAAAACCCUUCACACACUUUGACUGGGUACACACUUCUCCACACACCUGAUAAAUCGUCCUUUAUUCUUCCAUCCUCCCUUCCUCAAACACAAGCCUGAUGCUAAUCUAUCUCUCUCUCUCUUUGUUUCUCUCUUUCUUUCUCUCUCUCUCUCUCUCUCUCUCUCUUUAGUUUUAACACACCCAGGUGUUUCUUACUCCAUGCCUUGCACUAAUUUUGUUCAUGAAUUGAUCUGCUCUAAAUACAGCCAGUGUGAUAUAAAUAUAUAUAUAAAUAAUUUACUGUAAAUAGGGUGUUGCAAUGUAGUCUACUUUUCCAUUUACUGUUGCAGAACUAAUGCUUGAUAGGGAGUUGUCUAGAUAAUCAUUAAAAAAAACAAUUGUACAGUAACCAGAAACUGCUUUGAUAGGGGUUUGGACUUAUGUUUCUUUUUUUUUUUCACAAAAUGGUUAAAUUAUAAUCAAUGGUGGUCUUAUAAAUGUAUGUAGUGUUAUUAACAAAAACAAAAUAAGAGAAACAAAUAUCAAA